GAAGCUCUCCCCGUUCGUCAUGAAGCUGAGGUCUGCUCCUCCUGGCUAUUUCUUCCAACCUGAAAGACCACCGCCUCGUACAGAUCCAUUCGCUGCGCCCACCGGUCCUUACUUCUUCUACGGUACUCUGUCCGACCCGUGUCGCAUCAACUACACCGACAAGAACGAGCCCGUCGAUGACUUUGGGCAUGUCUUUAGAUUUGUCGGCAAUGUCAGAGACUUGAGUGACGGCACCUUUGACCUGGGGACUUGGCUAAAGAGGAUGAAAAGAGACGUCAAGUAACUUUUCUACCGAACGCAUUGAUUUCACCAAUCUGGUGAUUCUUACAUGAAUUGAUCCUGUGCCUGAUCCUGGCGUCAAGCAACAUUGAGGCUGAUAUAAUGAGCAAUCCCCAAAAUAACAAUGAUAUUAUGAUAUGUCUGAUCUAUAUAACCAUCGCCAGUAACCAACUAAGACCCCUGAGACACCUCCACGCACUUCAGACUGCGCGCAAUAUG